AUGGCUGAUGACAAAAUUGAACCAGAGGCCAAGUUUGGCUCAACCGAACACGACGAACACAUUUUUCAGCCUGCUGUUGUGGUAGAAUCCUAUGGCAGCAAUGGAAUUCAAGGUAUCCUGUACUCUCCAUUUGUUUUUGGUGCAGCGGUCCUCGCGUCUUUGGGUGGAUUCUCUAUGGGUUACGACAUGGGUGUGAUUUCUGUCAUUAAUGAUAUGGAUCAAUUCCAUGCCAAAUAUCCUUUUGCAAAGACUUCAUUCGGAACAGAGUUUAUGACGGCUAUGCUAUUGUUGGGCGCCUUUUUUGGUUGCCUUUUCAUGCCAUACAUGGCGGAUCGAUAUUCACGAAAAUGGGCCUUGACUGUUGUGGUUGUUAUCUUUGAUAUUGGGGCUAUAAUCCAGACUGCGUCUCCAAAUUACGCCGCUCUCGUCGUUGGAAGAUUUAUUGGUGGGAUUGGUGUUGGUACUCUUGCGAUGGGUGCGCCGCUUUACAUUUCUGAGAUAUCUCCGCCAAAUCUGCGUGGAACUCUGCUGGUGCUUGAAUCGAUUUCCAUCACCAGUGGUGUUGCCAUUGCCUUCUGGAUCUCUUAUGGCACCAGGAAUUUAGCCGGCGACACAUCUUUUCGGCUGCCCUUUGGCUUACAGAUGGUCACUGCUACUGCUCUAGGCAUCGGAAUACACUUCUUCCCCUAUUCACCUCGAUGGUUGGCCUUGGUCCAUCGCAAUGAGGAUUGUAUGCACAGUUUGACAAAACUCCGACGUCUUCCUGCUACAGAUCCGAGAUUACAGGCCGAGUAUCAAGGAAUAAUUGCUGAGGUCAAAAUUCAAAAGCUUGCUCAGCAAAAAAGACACCCUAACUCAACUGCAAUCAAGCUCGAAAUAUUACUGUGGACUGACCUCUUCCGGGCAAAGUGCUGGAGACGAACUGCUGUGGGCGUGGGGGUUGCUUUCUUUCAACAGUUUAUAGGAAUAAACGCCUUCAUAUAUUAUGCGCCUAAGCUAUUUGCUUCGCUCGGACAAACCUCAGAAAAAUCUCUGAUACUUUCGGGUGUCUUCAACGUCCUACAACUCGUCGCAGCCCUUGGAUGCUUUUUUAUUGUUGACAGGGUGGGUCGACGCCAGUUAGCAAUCUGGGGCGGUUUUGGCACUGCUGCAACUUACGCUAUCAUUGCCAUACUAUCUGGUCUCUACUCAAAGGACUGGCAAGACCACACAGCUGCCGGUUGGGCCUGUGUAGCAAUGGCGUUCCUUUUCAUUCUGACCUACGGUGUCUCUUACUCUCCACUCGGAUGGGCUCUCCCUUCAGAGGUCUUCUCGACAGCUGAUCGAUCCAAGGGUGUCGCAUUAUCCGCCUGUACAAUUUGGCUUUGCGACUUUAUUGUGGGCAUUUCUGUCCCUAGUAUGAUGGACAAUAUCGGCUACGGCGCGUACAUUUUCUUUGCAGUGAUGUGUUUCUUCGCAGGAAUAUGGGCGUUCCUGUUGGUUCCAGAGACAAGUGGCAAAACCUUGGAGGAAUUGGAUGAAGUCUUUGGAGAUAAAAGUGGACAGGAAGAAAGAGAACUUGUGAUGGAAGCGAUGCGCGCUGAUGGACAUAUAUAUGACCAUCAAGAGAUUCUCUCUUGA